AUGUAUGAUAGUGAUUAUUCGUACGAGCUGUACUUUCGUCGACAGUAUUCGAGGAGUAAGUCAAAGAAAUUAGAAGGAAGGCAAGAUGGUGGAUCCUAUUCUUCUUCUCACAAUCAUUCUAGCGCCGGGAUAUUCAUUAAAUACGAAGUAGACGAAACGUUGGAAAUCAAUGAUGAAAUCAUCCAUGAUCAAGAGGCAACAGGUGAAAAACGUGAUAAAAAAUAUCAGUUCGAACUGUGUACCGUAAAUACACGAGAAACUGACAUUUUGGCUGCUGGAAACAAUCGGUGGACCUUUAACAAACGGAAAAUCGCGGAAUCAGAACAGAAAUUAGAAAAAAGAUACAAAUGCGACAAGUGUGCUCGAACCUAUAAAUACAAAUGUAAUUUGAUUACACACCAAAAAAACGUAUGCUGCGGCAGACAUUUCAGAUGUACAUUUUGCGGCAAAAGGUUUAUACGGAAAUCUAAUUUUACUCGCCAUGUGGAUUCUGCACAUAAAUCUUUAGAACAUGCAACAGUUGAACAAUUUACUUGCAAUUUUUGCGGUUACAAAUCCAAUAGAAAAUGUCACCUGGAAACACACAUAACUGUUCGCCACUUUCAGGCAUUGAAAAAAAGGUAUAAUUGCAACAUAUGUUCUCGAAGCUACACUACUAGAAGUUCUUUAAAUCGACAUAAACGAAUAGAACAUGCCGCUGUCAAACCACAAUUCAUUUGUGAUUUUUGCGGACAUAAAGCGAACAGGAAAUGUUACUUGGCAGAACACAUUACUCAUCGCCACUUACAGACAUCGACCCAAAGGCUUAAUUGCGACAAAUGUUCGCGAAGUUACACUCAAUCAAGUGCUUUAAAUCGGCAUAAACGUUUAGAUCACGCAGCAGUCUAACCACAAAUUCUUUGCGACUAAUUUAAAUAGAAAACUAAUUUAAAAAGUAAC